GUAUCGAGUACUCAUGGCUGUCACUUGCAUUGUCAUACAUGCCGCAGCCUACUUCACGUCGCUGAAUAUAUUGGGAGUGACUAAGUCUAAUGUGCAAAGUGUGAGAGCAAAAUACACGGAUAAAGAAAAACGCAUUAAGAAACGGCGGCGCGUAAGGAUUAUUGGAUUUUACAUUUACACAGACACACACACGCGAGUAUCCCAAUCAGUAGGAGCAGGAGGAACAAGUUAUUUAAACACACAUCAAAAUGGGUGCAAGGGAAGACGAAUACGAUUAUCUUUUCAAAGUUGUCCUGAUCGGUGACUCUGGCGUAGGCAAAAGUAAUUUGCUGUCGCGCUUUACGCGUAAUGAAUUCAAUUUGGAGUCCAAAUCAACAAUUGGUGUGGAAUUCGCCACACGAAGCAUAGAGGUGGAUGGUAAAACAAUUAAGGCGCAAAUUUGGGAUACAGCCGGUCAGGAGCGCUAUCGAGCUAUCACUUCUGCAUAUUAUCGUGGUGCUGUUGGGGCUCUGCUCGUUUACGAUAUUGCCAAGCAUUUGACAUACGAGAAUGUUGAGCGAUGGUUGCGAGAGCUCCGCGAUCAUGCCGAUCAGAAUAUUGUAAUAAUGUUGGUGGGCAAUAAAUCUGAUUUGCGACACUUGCGCUCGGUGCCGACGGAUGAAGCAAAACUGUUUGCGGAGCGCAACGGCUUAAGUUUCAUAGAAACAUCGGCCUUGGACUCGACGAACGUUGAAACCGCAUUCCAAAAUAUACUCACAGAGAUCUAUCGCAUUGUGUCGCAGAAACAAAUUAGAGAUCCUCCUGAAGGUGAUGUUAUUCGUCCCUCAAAUGUGGAGCCCAUCGAUGUAAAGCCCACUGUUACAGCCGAUGUUCGCAAACAGUGUUGUCAGUGACCGCCCCAACGAUUCACUGCGGCAGGAGUAGCAACUGCCGCCUGUAACAGCCAGAACAGCAAUAGCAAGAGCAAGAGCAACAACAAUUACAACUAUAACAACGGCAUAAGAUGUUAUUUUUUGAACCACAGCCACAAGCAGUUUGUCAUAUAUGCAUAAAAAAAUACCAACAACAAAAGCAAAACAACAAUCGCAACAUCAACAUCCGGCUGUAGUUAACAGCAGUUUAAACUGAAGUUUUAAUAUAUAUCGCAUAAAGCAUCGAUAACUUCGAGGUCUGAUGAAAAUAGUUACAAAAGCAUAAAGGGAAACACUAAAACACUCCAAAUUCAGUUUAAGCUGUAGCUGUAACUAUAAUUUAUAUAAAUAUACAUAAAUGCUAAUAUUAAA